CCGGCGUGCCGGGCUACGUCCCCACUGGGAAACAUGGCCGAGGGCACUCGGUCUCUGGACUCGAGCUCUCUGGACUGGAGCUCGGCCUCGAGGAACGUGGGGAUGCUGGGAAUAGUUCGGCUUUGUUCUGCUUCGGGGCCGCGCGUGACCUUCUAGGGGCUCUGUGCCCCUCAAAGGAAGCUUCGGGGGAAGGAUUGUUGCUUUUCGUGGUGCUCGAGCUAAAAUUACCGCCGUUAGGCUGGAUGUUUAGGGGUUUAAUGCAGCUGAGGAUGAAUUAAAAGUGGAAUAUGCGUAAGGCUUGGAUGCUUGGAGCGGAUGGUUUCCUGGAGCUGGAAUAACAGAUUGCCAUCUUUCCGUAGUCUUCCCACAGCUCCUGUGACACCUGAAGGGCGGCUAUGGACCCUGAGGCGGAGGUGAAGAAGCAGGUGAACCCCUUCUACUGCAACAUUUGCAAAAUCUGGUGUGCUUCCGCAUUGAACUUGCAGACUCACUUCCUUGGAUUCAAGCACAAGAAGGUUGAAGAAGCCCUGAAGGCUCACGGCAUUGUUAAAACUGCGAGCGGCGCAGGGGACCAAGUGAAAGCACCUGUAAGACUUCCCAGUUACGUGCAAACUAAGCCAGAAAGGUAUCAUGGGCAGACCUUGGAAGAGCAGCUUAAUACAUGUAAAGAUUCAGAACCUGCACUUGGACUUAAUUAUAUAAUUGAAUAUCGAUCGAAAGAUAACUUUCCUUUUCUCUAUGAGUGUCAACUGUGCCACUGUAAAACAGGGCUGAGCAACAUGUUCAUGCACGUUUGUGGCUCCAAGCACAGACUGGCAUACCUGAAACAACAUUAUCCUGAGAUAGCAGAAUCCGAUGAAGUUAAGGGAAAAGGCUCUGAACUGAACAGGAAAGUUAGGCAAGUUGCAUUAACAAUUGAGAAGAAGGAAGGAAGAAAACAAUUAAAGGUUGUUAUAGAAGCUCCAGUAAUCAGGAAAAGAUGGCAAGAAUAUCCUAAUGCAGAUGACAGCCCUUCAAAAGCUAAAGUUCAGCAUGUGGAUAUGUCACUUGAUAAUGAAGAAGGAAUAGACAGUAAGAAUAAAGAUGGAAAAUUGGAAGAUCCGAUUCAAGAAGAAAAAAACACUCAAGAGGUGCAGGAAAACUGUGAGAAAGAACAGACAAUACUGGAUGAGAAGGUUGAAACUAGCAAGGCUGCUGAAAGCACUAAAGACAACCUCACUGAAGAAGGCAACAAAGGCAGCAGUUCUGAAAAAUGUGAGGCCAAUAUACAACUGCAGGAAGAAAACGAGGAAGUCGAGCAAGCACCUGCAGCAGUUGCUGAAGAAUUCACUAGUCAGGAAGAACUGUUGAAUUACCUGCAAAGUUUUGAGAUAUUGAAUGAAGAUGAUGCUGCUUUUAUCCUAAAAGUCACACAGACUCUCACAGAUGCAUUGGUGGAAUAUCGUCAGCAAGCUGCAUCAAAAAAAGAACUCUUAGAUAAUGAACCUAAUGGAGAAGAAGCAUUGGAACAUUCUACAGAACAAUCUGAGCUGACUUCUGCAGAUAUUAGUGAUUCUGAUACUGACUAUUCCAGCAGCCGAUCAGCUAAAAAGUCCUUAUCAGUAAAUGAGGAAGAUGAACUGCAAAACUUUUCAACCGGCUCUUUGGACACAGCGUAUGAGAACAACAUCACCACUGAAUUUUUGAACAGCGUGAGAAAUAUGAAUGUCGAGGAAGUUACUGCUACUCUACACAAAAUAGCAGCUACAAAUCCAACUUUCAGAGGAAUGGAUAUUCCAAAUGUUGUAAAGAUCCUGACUGAAAGUGGGACUCUGAGAAGACCAAGCAAUGGCAGCACACACUGACAUGGCAGUUAGCAGAGUUAAUAUUGCAAUGUUUAUUUUCUGUUAUUGAUGAGGAUGUUGAGCAUGACCGGACCUAGUACCGACUCUUGGAGAGCACCACUAGCUACAGGCCUCCAACUAGACUAUGCCACUGAUCACAACCCUCUGAGCUCUGCCAGUCAGCCAAUUCCCAACCCACCCUGCUGUCUGCUCAUCUAUUCCAUACUUCCUAAGCUUGCCUAUGAAGAUGUUGGAGAUGGUAUUAAAAGCCUCGCUGAAGUUAAAGUACACUACAUCCUCUGCUCUCCCAUAUCUACCGUGCUGGUCAUGACAUCAUAGAAAGGUACCCGAUUGGUCAAGCAUGAUUUUCCCUUGGUGAAUCCAUGUCAACUACUAAUAACCUUCUCUUCCCCUACAGCAGUCAUCAGUACAAAUGUAUCCUACAGCAAACAGUCAAAUUAUCCCUGUGGCUGCAGGGCCGUACUGAAAGGCUAUUGAAAUUAGGGGUAUCCUCCUGUAUACAGAUUAUGAAUUGGCUUCCUGUUUUUCAAUAAAGAUUAAAAAUUACAACAAA